CGAACCCAUGCGGAUAUAUCGCUAUGUAAAAUGGCGGCGUGAGAGAGGCUCGUUCAAAACAUAGCGGUGUUACCUGUGAAGGAGGUUAGCUAACGUCUCUGCUACGAUCUGCGGUACGUGGAUCCGUGUGCGAAUCAUUCAGUGGAAGCGGCUGGAAUUUACGUUCCGGUAAAAAAGAGCAGGUGGGAUGGCGAAGAGGAUCGCUGAUAAAGAGCUAACAGACAGGAACUGGGAUCAGGAGGAGGAGGGAGAGGAGGCCGGGACGUUUUCAGUUGCGAGUGAAGAUGUGUUGAAGAACCGACCCAUUAAAAAGGCCAAACGCAGAAAUGUGGGAGGAGAGGGAGAGGGCAGUGGAUCCUUUAAAGGUUUUAAAGGGUUUUCUUUGAGCACGGCGGCGAGCGGCGGCUCCACUCAAACAGCCUUCUCUGGAUUCAGUAACGGUGGCGGCUUUAUAGGCCUCAGCGGUCUGACCAACGGAAACAGCAUCGCUCCAUCAUUUAGAGGGUUCUCAUCUCCUGCUGCAACAUCCCCCGCUGCACCUGGUCUGACAUUCAACGGCCCCGCCUCCGCCAAGCCCAGCGCUGACAUCACAGCCAAGCAGACCAAUGGCUCCACCUCGAGCCCGACUCAAAGCUCCAGCUCCUGCAGCAGCGCCAGUGUGAGCAACAAGGAGUACAGCCGGCAGCUCACUGCCCUCAACUGCUCGGUGCGGGACUGGAUCACCAAGCACGUGAACGACAACCCUCUGUGUGAUCUCAACCCCAUCUUCAGGGAUUAUGAGCGGCACCUGGCCAGCAUCGAGCGGCAGUACGGAGCCGGGUCUGCUGACGGAGGCUCCGAGGAGAAGAAGCUGCCGGCUGCGGCCACCCCUCCUCCUCCUGCUGCUGCCUCGGCUUCCUCCUCCGGCAGCUCGGCGGCUCCGGCUCCAGCCGCCACUUUGUUCUCCUUUGGCAAAAACACGACAGAAGACUCAGCCCGGGACAAAAGUGCCAUCGGCGUCACGUUUAACUUCGGUCAGAAGGUGGACAGCUCCGUCCUCGGCUCCUUAGGGUCCAAAACGACUCCCCCCAGCUUCUCCUUCUCCUCCAGCGCCUCCUCCAGUCAGACCUCCCUGUUUGGAGCUCCUGGAUCUGCUGCACCACUGUCCUUCAGCGGGACCAAGUCUGAGGAUGCUCGACCGGCAGACGAGAACGGAGACGAAGACUCAGACGAGCCACCCAAACCGGACGUGAAGGAGGUGAAGGAGGACGACGCCUUCUACUCCAAGAAGUGUAAACUUUUCUACAAGAAGGACUCUGAGUUCAAGGAGAAAGGAGUCGGCACGCUGCACCUCAAAGAGACCGACGACGGGAAAACUCAGAUGAUCAUUCGUGCCGACACAAACCUGGGAAACAUCCUGCUGAACAUCAUCGUGCAGUCGUCCAUGCCGUGCUCUCGGCUCGGGAAGAACAACGUGAUGGUGUUGUGCGUCCCCAACCCGCCCAUCGACGACAAGAACCCCACCAGCCCCGUCCCCCUCCUCAUCCGAGUGAAGACCGCCGAGGACGCCGACGAGCUCCACAAGACCCUGGAGGAGAAGAAGGUCUGAGGCUGGAGCUUUUAGCAGACUUCACCUGGUCAUCCUCCGACAGAUCGACCUCACCACGCACUCACAUGAUAAAACAAACUCAUCUGUACUUAAGUCAUCCUGGUAAAUCACGAUUCCCUCACAAUAAAUUGGUCGUCAUACUGUGAAAUCUUUUUGUUAGUUUCUAAUCACAUCGUCGUCGCUGUUCGACUCGGCUACAUUCCUCCCGGUUCGAUGCUGCUGCUGCUGUUUUAUUAGACAAACCGAACCAUGUAUCUUAUCAGCCUCACUGUUUCAUUUUACUGUUUUAAUUUGGUCGUCGAGUGACUGAAAGUGUGACUCCAGAAGAAUUAUGACUGUGUGACAUCCACGACCCGUACCACUCAGUCUUUUUGGGGAAACCUCCAAAUAAAAGUCCAGUCGAUUUGGUUUUACAAAUUAAAUACUUGCAGUAACAGUUAAUUUUUUAAAUGAACGUGUCGAGGAUUUAGUGUGUCUGCUGAGUGUUUUUUUUGCUCUGGAAACUAUUUAUUGUACCGGCAGGAUUUGUACUCUCACUGAUUGAACCUCGUGUGAAUGUUUCCCCUGAAGAGCUUCUGUAAUCGUGUGGACGGGACGUGUGAGACAGACCAGUUGUUUUAUUUUCUGUAAACAUGGACUCUGUUGUUUUCCAAGUGUCCUUUGUGUGGCCUUUGGUUCGGCCUUCGAGAUGAGGCAUGCUGUCAUCGUCUGAGAACAUUUGUAAAGACAUUUAUUGGAGAAUAAAAGGAAACAAACCACCA